GGAUUGGUCUACAAUUACAUAUAUUGAAAACUGGAAAGUAGCGUUAUUUAUCUAAUAUCUAUACUUCAAUAUUUGCGGCUCACUUUUGCUUUGCAAGCUCCUCUUCAAAUCUUGAUGUUAUCCCCUUCAUAGUUUUCAUUACAUUUUUGUUUUUUAAAAUGGAGGUGGUUCAAGAGCAGCAGCUACAAAAUACAGAUGGAAGAAAAUUGCACAACUCAGACAGAAACUCAAAUGUCACACAGCAACUUCAACAUCCAAGAUUCAGAAAAUACAAAUGGUGGCUACGUGUGUCCCUCUACAUAAUCUUUCUUCUUGUAGGCCAAUCUGCAGCCACUCUUUUGGGAAGAUUAUACUAUGACAAUGGUGGUAAUAGCAAAUGGAUGGCAACAUUUGUUCAAUCAGCUGGAUUCCCUGUACUUCUUCCACUCCUUUUUUACUUCCCAAGACAAACACAUGCCAAGUUUAAUAACAAUCCCAGCAAUAAUGAUUAUUCCUACAAAACAAAACCAAAAUUCUCCACCCUUGUUUUCCUCUAUCUAGCUUUUGGCCUAAUUCUCACAGGGGACAACUUGAUGUAUUCCUAUGGACUUUUAUAUCUCCCUCUUUCCACCUAUUCUCUACUAUGUGCCACCCAAUUAGGCUUCAACGCGGUGUUCUCUUUCUUCCUCAAUUCCCAGAAAUUCACAGCAUUCAUAAUCAAUUCUGUAGUCCUCCUUACCAUAUCAGCUUCUCUGCUUGCAAUCAACUCCGAUUCCGACGAGGACUCAACCGGUCUUUCCAGAGAAAAGCAUGUAAUUGGAUUCUUCUGCACCAUUGGUGCAUCAGCUACAUUCUCUUUGUACCUCUCUCUUGUGCAGCUUUCUUUUCAGAAAGUUAUAAAGAGAGAAACCUUUUCUGCUGUGUUGGACAUGCAAUUUUACCCAUCCUUCAUUGCUACAUGUGCUUGUGUAGUAGGGUUGUUUGCAAGUGGAGAGUGGAAAAGUUUGAACAAUGAGAUGAAGGGAUAUGAUAAGGGAAGUGUGUCAUAUGUAAUGACUCUACUUUGGAUUGCUGUGACAUGGCAAAUAUCCUCAAUUGGUAUGCUAGGGUUGAUUUUUGAGGUGUCUUCAUUGUUUUCAAAUGUGAUAGGUACCUUGGCAUUGCCUAUUGUUCCCAUCCUUGCAAUUGUAUUCUUCCAUGACAAGAUCAAUGGGGUGAAGUUUGUAGCCUUGUUGUUAGCAGUGUGGGGCUUUCUGUCUUAUGUGUAUCAACAUUAUCUUGAUGACAAAAAAGCCAAGGCAGAGAAAAGUGAUGGCCUUGGGGUUUCAAACAGUGAGGUAGAAAUUUGCUGAUGGGAUGGAUGGACCAAAUUUUGAUCAAAUUAUACUUUUAUACCAAUUUUUGUUAUGUUUAAAUUGUGUUGACAAGAGUAGGUUAAUUAUGGAGAAAUUAUUAAGUAGUUCAGAAUAACUAUGUGUUUAUGGUUCUGACCAAUUUUAACAUUUAAGUUUUUCAAUUUACAAACAAGCUAAUUAAUGACAUAAUUAAAUAUGAUGUUGAAAUUAGUUGAAAUCAUAGUAUUCCCGUACCACCAAAAAGAGUGAUAUUGGUGUUGAAA